AUGGAGAAUCGGAAAGCUGUCGGACCGGACGAGGUGCCGAUUGAAGCGUGGAAAGCGCUGGGCGCUCGUGGUAUGUGCAUUCUUACUAUUCUUUAUAACAGAAUCGUGAGCGACCGAAUAAUGCACGAUCAGUGGCGGCUUAGUAUAAUAACGCCGGUCCACAAGGGUAAAGGGUCCGUUCAGGAUUGCGGUAAUUACCGCGGUAUAAAGGUGACGUCACACACCAUGAAGUUCUUCGAGCGCAUUAUUGACACCAGGAUCUGA